UUUUGUCAGACAGAACAGUUUUCAUAUUGAGCCCCAUAAUGAUUCGAACAUAUGUCGGGCAAAGAUGCUAAUCAAGGCAUUUCCACUGGAAUGGAAGCUACGGGGCAGGCGCUGGCCCAACCAACAAAUCAAAAUGACUUGAUUGUCCAGGCGAGAGCCCAAAGACAGCUCCCACAGCUGAAUUCAAAUGAAGGGCUCUUUUCGCAGCUCGCGAGCAACCCUUUCUUUACAGCAGGUUUUGGUCUUGCUGGCCUUGGGGCCGGCCUGACACUUGCCCAGCGGGGGAUUAGACGUGGAGCUGUUCUCCUCCGUAGGCGCAUGCUUGUCGAAGUGGAAAUAAAUAUCAAGGAUGACUCGUACGGCUGGUUUCUACAUUGGAUGACGUUAUAUCAACGGUCGCAACUUCAAAGAACACCGACCGCCCAAAAAUCCGGCUUCGUCGAUUCCCUCCUGCGGAGACUCACACCAGGAAUGCGACAAUUGUCGAUCCAGACGCAGAAAGUAGAACAUCCCAAUGGCGCGAUGCAUACACAAUUUGCACUUAUACCUGGACCUGGCAAACAUGUUCUCCGGUAUAAAAACGCUUUUAUCUUCGUCAAUCGCGUGCGAGAAGCCAAAUCAAGAGACCACCAAACCGGACGACCGUGGGAAACGGUUACCCUAACUACGCUCUAUUCUCAACGUCAUAUUUUUGAAGACUUAUUUAAGGAGGCCCACGAGUACGCUGCGCGGUCGCAAGAAGGGAAAACUGUAAUAUACAAUUCCUGGGGCACCGAGUGGAGGCAGUUUGGCCAAUCUCGGCGCAAAAGGCCGUUGGAAUCCGUUAUUUUGGAUAAGGGGGUUAAAGAACGGAUUGUGGAUGAUGUGAAGGAUUUUCUCGAGAGUGGAUCCUGGUACUAUGAUCGCGGCAUUCCUUAUAGACGGGGUUAUCUCCUUCAUGGUCCCCCGGGCAGCGGCAAGAGCUCAUUUAUUCAAGCACUCGCGGGCGAGCUGGAUUACGACAUUGCCAUCCUCAACUUGAGCGAGAGAGGUCUGACCGACGAUCGCCUGAACCACCUUCUCACCAUCAUACCUUCCCGCACCCUGGUACUAUUGGAAGAUGUAGAUGCCGCCUUCGGGAACCGGCGCGUGCAGUCCGACGCCGAUGGAUAUAGGGGAGCCAAUGUGACAUUUUCAGGCCUCCUUAAUGCGCUUGAUGGCGUGGCUAGUGCUGAAGAACGCAUAAUUUUUUUGACGACAAACCACAUUGAGCGGCUUGACGAGGCUCUCGUCCGACCGGGCCGUGUGGAUAUGACCGUCAGACUUGGCGAAGCUACAAGGUAUCAAGUGGCACAACUCUGGGAGCGGUUUUACGGCGAUUUUGACAAGACGGGUUUCUAUCAGACUCAGUUUUUGGAAAAGCUUUAUAAGUUGGGUAUUAUAGAGGAUGAGAAUGGCCACAAAAUUCCAGCGGAAAGUGCCACAAGUGCUGCAGCCCUGCAAGGGCUCUUUUUAUACAACAAGGGUGACAUGGAAGGUGCUAUCAGGAUGGCAGAAGGCCUUGUGUCGGAGGAAUAGCUUUAAUUCCCUAGAUAGCGGGGAACGAAUUUGUACACUAUUUACUCCAGAUCCAUUAAUCUAUUUUCCGGAGGUUUUGACCAAUAUCUCCCUCCUAUCCAGAUAUUCUCAACUAUUGCAUCUGAGUCUCCACCUUCUCUGGCGUCGGUUGGGCUAUUGACGAAGCGAAUAGGAAUUGAUACCAGGCCUCACUGCACCUCUGAAGGAUGUGCCUGUCUGGCGCAUAACGAUUCUUGCAGCGAUGUGAUCAGCCUGCACCAUCCCACCCAAUCGUUCGUAUUAUUGGAGGACUAUCUUCG